UUACCUGUAACCUAAGGCUGAGAGCGUGGGGCUUUAUUUUGGGAACUACAGGGUGCCAGCACACGGUCCAGCUCUGCCCAGAGCCCUGGAGACCCAUCGGGGCCAUCAUCCCCAUUCCCUUGCAGCAGCAGUCUUGACUGUCCUGAAGUGCAGAAAGAACAGGUGAGGAGUCCAGGCUCCACCCGCUUCCCACCAGCUAUGGUUUGGGACUAUAACACCCGGCUUUGCCCGGGAAAAGGGUCCAGCUGGCAGCGUCGGUGCUUUCCAAAGCCAAGCCAAAGCAGUGGCUCCAGUCCUUUCCACAGACGCUUGACAGCUACAGCACUCUGUCCCAGGAUCCUCUACAGCCCAGAGGCCACUAGGCCCCGCCCCUAGUUCCGCCCACUGAGGGUUUGUCCAAUCAGGACAAGAAGUAAAGGUUGCAGCACCGAUUCGGUGGCAUCAUUUCCGGCCCUCUCCCGGAAGUCGCACGGUGGAGCCAAAUUUGAAGCCAGCGGAGAGGCGGUUGAGCGACCACGCAGCUGGACUUGUAGUGGUUUUCUUAGCUACCUGGGCCACUAGCAUCCUGCCAUCAUGCCUAUCCGUGCGCUGUGCACUAUUUGUUCCGACUUAUUUGACCACUCCCGUGAUGUGGCCGCCAUUCACUGUGGCCACACUUUCCACCUGCAGUGCCUUAUUCAGUGGUUUGAGACAGCACCAAGGCAGACCUGUCCACAAUGCCGAAUCCAGGUUGGCAAAAGAACUAUUAUCAAUAAACUCUUCUUUGACCUGGCCCAGGAGGAGGAGACUGCCUUGGAUGCGGAAUUCUUAAAGAAUGAACUGGACAAUAUCAAAGCCCAGCUUUCCCAGAAAGAGAAGGAGAAACGAGACAGCCAGGUUAUCAUUGACACUCUGCGGGACACACUGGAAGAACGCAACGCCACUGUGGAAUCUCUGCAGAAUGCCUUAGACAAGGCUGAGAUGCUCUGCUCCACACUCAAAAAGCAGAUGAAAUACUUGGAGCAGCAGCAGGAUGAGACUAAACAAGCACAGGAGGAGGCCCGCCGACUUAGAAACAAGAUUAAGGCCAUGGAACGGAUUGAGCUCCUACUCCAGAGCCAGCGGCCUGAGGUGGAAGAAAUGAUUCGAGACAUGGGUGUGGGACAGUCAGCGGUGGAACAGCUGGCUGUGUACUGUAUAUCUCUCAAGAAAGAAUAUGAGAAUCUGAAAGAGGUGCGGAAGGCCUCAGGGGAGCUGGCUGACAAGUUACGGAAAGACUUGGUCCUCUCCAAAAACAAGUUCCAAACAGUCUGCUCUGAAUUGGAUCAGACCAAGCUGGAGCUAAAGUCAGCUCAGAAGGACUUGCAGAAUGCUGACAAGGAAAUCACGAGCCUGAGAAAGAAGCUAACGAUGUUACAGGAAACCUUGAACCUGACACCAGUGGCCAAUGAGACUGUCAACCGCCUGGUUUUAGAGAGCCCAGCCCCCGUGGAGAUGCUAAAACCGAAGCUUCACCGGCCACCCUUCCACAAUGCCAUUGACCUUGAUGCUACCUUUGAUGUGAAUACCCCUCCAGCCCAGCCCUCUGGUUCCCAGCAUGGCCGCUCCAAGAAGCUCUGCUUGGAAAAGGCACACUCUCCUGUUCAAGACAUCCACAGGAAGAUGCCCAAAGUUUCCACACAGGAGUCCCAGCUCUCUCUGGGUGGCCAGCGCUGUGUAGGAGAGCCAGAUGAGGAACUAGCUCGUGCCUUUCCUGUCUUCAUCCAAAAGGCAAUCCUGGGUCAGAAACAGCCCAAGAGGACCAUAGCAGAGUCCUGUCGCAGCACAGAUGUGGUAAGAACAGGCUUUGAUGGCCUUGGGGGCCGGACAAAAUUCAUUCAACCUACUGACACAGCCGUGAUCCACCCACUGCCAAUUAAGCCUAAGGCCAAGACUAAGCAGAGAGUGAGGGUAAAGACUGUGCAGCCUCCCUCUCAGACCAAGCUGGAUACCUUCCUGUGGUAAAGAGAACAGUCUGAGCAGUAGCCAGAUACAUGCCUCCAACAAGCAGACCAAGAACUGGCCAGGCCAGGGAUCUUUUAGGGGAUGGCCUCUUUCAGGUCUAGCCCUGAGAGCAAGGGCAGACGAGCAGACAAAGCCUCGAAUGAGACAAAGAGACUACUUCCUGUGCUCAUCCUGCCUUACCCCACAACACUGGGCUUAUCUUUAAAGAGUCCAUACAAUUUUGAUUGGCUCCUUGUUUUAAGCUCCUGUUUAUAGCAAUGAUCAUCAGUUGGCUGAGUUUCUUCUGGUCCUGGAGACCACAGUCACAUAUUGAUUGUGUGUAUGGACAGAAGUACUGAGGUUUCUCAAGCAACCUAGCCAGAGCUUCCUUCUGCCCUGGCUUAAUGCUAAGCACGGCAUGGGCCAAGCAGAGUGGUAGAUAGAGGGUGGUGGUAGGGAGAGGAUGGGGGAAAAUAACAAAAGAUUGUCUUCCUGGCUCUGGGAGUAUAAAUUUCCAUUGAGAUUUUGGAAAGCUGCUUGGGAUGACUUUCUAAUGUAGGAGCAUCACCUAGACUCAGACCUAGCAGUUUCAUCACUAGGUGUGGGAACUCUCAGAGGGCUAAAGAGACUCUAGCAAGAAUGAGAGCACUGCCGUUUUCCCCAGUCUAACCAGGACAUAGCCCACAAGCCAUAAGGAGGAAAGUAGAUCCUCAAAAGUAGAACCAAGAUCUCUCCAUAUAGGACACUCAUAGCAAGCACAACAAAUUACCAGUGGCCAAAUUGUGAGGCUUCAGGUCCUGCCUUUAGGGGCACUUUCUCCCAGAGUGCUUCCCUGCUUGACCCCUAGCCUGGCCGGGACCCCCUAAACCUCCCUCUCCAGCUAUUGAACAAGAGUUUACCCAGGGCCCAGCAUGGGUUGGCACAGGGAUGAGAGGAACAGGGAGUGUGAGUGAAUGCUUUAGGCUGAAGGUGACCAGCUACUUUCUAGUAAAUCUAGAGAAACAUUAGGGUAUAGGGAAAGGAGGUGAUGCUCUUAGUUAUGGGGCUGACAUGAUUCGAGGUGUAGUAAGGGUCAGUGCAGCAUCAGACUGAAGAGUAGAAGCUGGCUGCCAGCACUUCACCUGCUGAGUGUUCUCGUGUAAGUUACCUACUCUGUGCUCGGCUUUUUUUAUAAAGUGGGGACAAGAGUACCAGUACCAACCUCACAGGAGUGAGGAUCUAAUGAAUCAGGAUAUUGGUUAAGAACUUAUGACAACUAAAUGAAAUUAACCAGAUAUAAAAGAACUACUGUAUGAUUCUACUUAUAUGAAGUAUCUAGAAUGAGCAGGUUCAUAGAGACAGAAGUAAAAUAGAGGAUACCAAGGACUAGAGAGGGGGGAAAUUGGGGAGUCACUGCUUAAUGAUAAGAGUUUGGGAUAAUGAAAAAGUUUUACAAAUAGGGAUGAUGAUCCCCUCCGCCCAGAAAACCCUGAAAACCGAAAAGUGAGCAAAACCCAAAAAACAAGACUGACCUAGGGCUGGGGUUUUAGCUCAGUAGUUCUGGUGCCUGCCUUGAAAGUGCAAGGUCCCAAGUUCAAUCCCUGGUACACCGCCCCCCUCCCAAAAAAAACAAGACUGACCUAAAUAUAUGGAAAUGUUGCCAUUCAGCCUGGCAUUCUUUGACUCACUUUAGACGGAAAUUGUGAAUCAACAAAGCACAGUGCUGCUAGCAGUCCUAAUAGUGAUGGAUGCCAUUAGUUGACAGCUAGCUGCUGGUCACUGCUGUUGCUGGCGGUAGGUCAGUUCUACCAGUUGCUGGUCUCUGCCAUCUGCUGCUCUCUGGAGCUCUUUAGUGUUAACAGCUCUGAGUGUUUGUCUUUCUUUGGAAACUUAACUGCUCAGUCCACACUACCUGAGAAAUGAAUCAAGAGCAGGUUUACUGGAACACCAAAGUAAGUGUUUAUUUUAACAGGGCCUGUGCUGCAGCAAAAUGGCGCUAGUACAGAGAAGCAAGGCCUCCUAGACUAAAACCAAAAGUGUCUAGGAAGUUCUAUUUAUGUAGCAGUUGCAGACCUGUUCCAGUGAGGGUGAAGGCUGAAACCAGGGAAUCUUCUUGAAGGCUUGCUGUGAAUGUUGGGUAUGCAAAUAAGGGGCCCAGAUCCCUCCUUUCCUGACCUUAGCCACUCCAGGACGCUCUUUCCAUCAAAACUGGAACAGUAUAGCUGGGCAUUGUGGUACACACCUGUAAUCCCAGCACUUCGGAGUGUGAGGCAGAAGGAUCACAGGGAAUUCGAGGACAGCCUCAACUACAUAGUGAGACCCUGUCUCAAAAACAAACAACACUGCAAUAGUAUGGUGUGAAGUGGUGGAAGUAGUGGAGAGGCACCACACUGCCUUCCUGGUUACACUUACAUUAGAGUGGAGAAUGGUGGUUUGAUGGCCAGGGAGGACACUGAACCCAACUGUCCCAGUCCAUUGGCAUACAAGGGGAAGGAAAGGAAAGCGAGGAGAAAGGGUAGACAGCUGUUGGCCAAGCCACAUCCCCGCUGUAGCUGGCGCAGGGAAAAAUGAAGCUCAGAUGCUUGUCUGUCUCAGACAUCUUGUUUUUGGAUUAGAAGAAUUAAUUAAUUAAUUUUUUUUUUUGGUAUCGGGAAUCGAACUUGGGACCUUGUGGUUCCAAGGCAGGUGCUGGAACCACUGAGCUAAAUCUCCGCCCCAAAGAAUUAAUUUUUUUUUUGGUUUUUUUUGUACCGGGGAUCAAACUCGGGACCUUGUGCUUAUGAGGCAGGCACAGGAACCACUGAGCUGAAUCCCCGGCCCCGAAUAAUUAAUUUAAAAAAAAUUUUUAAGACAAAGUCUCAUUAAGUUUCCAGGCUAGCUUUAAACUUGUGAUCCUUGUGCCUCAAUCUCCCAAGUAGCUGAUGAGACAGGAGACAGGGCAUAGCUUAGACUGGCUGGGAAGGGAUCAGAUCCCAAGACACACACAUGACAAUUCUCAAGAUUCUGUGUGAGAACCUGCAAUAUGUGAAAUGAAUAAAAGGAAAUGACUCCAUUGAAAGCGGACUAUUGUGGCUUUGCUCACAGUAGCCUGCCCUCUGGCCCCAGGACAUACUUUUAUAUUUUUAUUUUAUUUUGGUUUUUAGGUUUUUUCCUCUUUUAUUCCACCCAAGCUCACUCUGUAGAGCCAGUUCCUCCCUUACCCCUCACUUUUCAAAUAAAUGAAACUUUGCCACUGUU